GUGAGGUUUAACACAAAGAGCUUUCACACAAAGAACUAUGUGUACGCUUAUAGAUAGGCAAGUAUUGCCAAUCGGAAAACAUGAUAUAGAGCUACAAUGUUGAUUGCGCUUAAUAAAAACAUAUAUAUCAAUUUAAUUAUAUCGAAUAUAAUGCUCUCUUCUAUUGUGUUCGCAAUUAAUAGGCGUAAAAUUUAUUAGCACCAUUUGUAUAAUGAAACAAUGAGCUUAUCUAGCCAUUAUGGUCAAUUUUAUAACCAAGACGACCGUAAUUCAAAUCAAUAGAGAUAUUAUUUAAUCGAAUUUAUUAGAUAAACUCAUGAGCGACGGCGAUUGCUUAAAAGGCAGUUUCAGUGGCCAAUAACGAACAUUUCGUUUAAGGAAUACGACUUAAACGAAACAUAGUACAGCGGUUAAAUAUGCGAAUUCUGAUAUUGUGUGCCGUGGCGAUAGUUUUCGUGUUGGGUGUAGCGGAAGCAGGUACUCGCUCCUUGCCACCUCUACUGGGCGAAAACCCGAACGCACGGGCUGAAGAUCCUUCCGAGGAGGAACCUAAUUAUCGUUUACCGAAUAACACUGAACCUGUGCACUACGAUGUGGAUUUGACAACUAGUGUGCAUACUGGAGAGAGGCAGUUUAAGGGCACUGUAAAAAUCGAAUUGAAAGUGUUAGAAGCCUCACGAGAUAUUGUGUUACAUUAUCGUCAAAUUGAGAAUUUCACUGCUAGUAUACAAAGCAAGGAUAAUGCAGCAGCAGCAGCUAUUCCUUUAACUUAUGUUCUUGACUCAACACGCGAAUUUUUAACGCUAACACCAACUAGUGGAGACAUAAGUUUCGGUAAAGAUACAACUUGGAUAUUAACAAUUUCGUAUGAAGGCAAUUUGCGUACUGACAAUGGUGGUUUCUAUCUUUCCACUUACACCGACGAAAGUAAUAAUACACGUUACUUGGCUACUACACAGUUUGAGAGCACCGACGCUCGUCAUGCCUUUCCUUGCUACGAUGAACCAGCCAAACGUGCCACAUUCACAAUUACCAUACGCCACGAUCCUUCUCUAAAGGCUAUUGCUAAUAUGCCUGUCAACGAUGCUCUCUCCACUUCCGGUGUAACCGUCUUUCAAAAAACAUCCGUCACUAUGCCCACAUAUUUAAUUGCUUUCAUAGUCUCUGACUUUGAAUGGACUGAAGGAACUCUAAAUUCUUUACCUCAACGCAUUUAUUCACGUCCUGGUACAGAACAUGAUCAAGAAUGGGCUUUAGUUUCUGGCAUGCUCUUAGUUCAGCGUUUAGCUGAAUAUUAUGAUGUUGCUUUCCCACUACCUAAGUUGGAUCAAGUUGCUGUACCAGAUUUUGCUGCUGGAGCUAUGGAAAAUUGGGGUUUAGUUACAUAUCGUGAAGAAUACUUACUAUACAAUACAGAAACUUCUACUGUCAAUACACAAACCAAUAUUGCUAAUAUUAUUGCACAUGAAUAUACACAUCAGUGGUUUGGUAAUUUGGUGGCUAUCAAAUGGUGGACAUACUUAUGGUUAAAGGAGGGUUUCGCUACUUUGUUCUCAUAUCAGGCUACUGACGAUGCUUAUCCUGAAUGGGGUGUUUACCAAAUGUUCCAUACCGAUGAUUAUCAACGUGCCUUAUCAAGUGACUCAUCAGCGAAUUCAAGACCUAUGACUCAUUAUGUUCAAAAGCGUCAAGAAAUUUCUGCACUCUACGAUUCCAUUUCAUACUCUAAAGCUGGAUCAGUGUUGCACAUGUGGCAACAUGCUUUGACCAAUAAUGUAUUCCGUAGAGGUUUACACAAUUAUUUGACUGCAAAUCAAUACAGCGCAGCUGAAGAAUGGCAAUUAUUUGAUGCAAUUGCAACAGCCGCUAUUGAAGAAGAUUAUGCGGUCGUUGAUCCAGUUAGAGACAUGUUAGUAAGCUGGACUCAACAAGCUGGUUAUCCCUUGUUAACAGUAGAACGCAACUACAAUGAUGGUUCUUUUACUGUGAAGCAGAAAGCUUACUUCACUAACAACUCUAUUUCAUCAGAUAAUACCUGGUAUGUUCCUAUUAAUUAUGCUGUACAAUCGAAUCCUGAUUUCCGCGAUACUGAAGCUACAAGUUAUCUACGUAAAACAGCAGAGAUUAAAGUGGAGUCCAAAGUUUCUCCAAACGAUUGGUUAAUCUUGAACAAACAAUCGACAGGUUAUUAUCGGAUUAAUUACGAUGAUCGUAACUGGCAACUUAUUACUGAUGGACUUAUCGAAAAACCUUAUAAAAUUCAUCCUCGCAAUCGUGCCCAAUUGAUGCAUGAUGCGUACAGUUUCAUGAGUUCUCGUCGUUUAAAACACUCUACCUUACUUUAUCUGUUGACAUAUUUGCAGAAUGAAGAUCAAUAUGCACCUUGGUCAACUGCUAACAGCAUUUUAACUACUUUUAAUCGCUAUCUCAGUGGUGAUGGCGAUUACAAGGUAUUCAAAGAUUAUGUUGCUGAAUUAGUAGGACCAAUUUAUGACAAAUUAGGUGUGAAUGAUAUACCCGGUGAACAACAUUACCAAAAGUACGUACGCUCAAUUGCUAUUAAUUUAGCUUGUAUGGCCGGUAUUUCCAGUUGUCUUGAAGAAACUAAUGGAAAAUUGAAUGCCUCUUUCGAUGAAGACUUUCCAAUACAAAUUGAACCGAAUUUACAAUCACAGACCUAUUGUCAAGGUGUUAAGCAAGCUUCAGAUAGUUUAUACGAUAAAGUCCUUGAGAUAUUGUUUACAUCAGCUGAUCAAGCUCGUCGUCGUUCAUUAAUCUCCUCUUUGGGUUGUGCUACUAAGAGGAGUCAGUUGGAUAAAUUCAUUGAAAGUUCCAUUGACCUGGAGAAUAGUUUGCGUACACAGGAACGCACAAUCAUACUAAAUCCAGUUUACUCUCGCAGUGAAACAGGUUUAUUAGCAUGUAUUGAGUUUUUAAAUGAGAACUGGGAAGCAUACGCUGCUUUAACAGUUGGUACCUUCGGAGGUACAAAACCACUUGACUCUGAUAUUAAGGGAAUGUCACAAUAUGUAGUUACCAAAGAUCAGGAAACCAAACUAUUGGCGUUGGUUGAAAAAGUAAAAGACAGCGAUGCUGUAAACUCUAACUUGGAAACUUCGGUUAAGUCAAACAUUAAUGCUAACUUCAAUUGGUUGGAAAAUAAUCGCAAUAGCAUCAUUAACUGGAUUACUGACUACCGCACUGAUGGCGGUGUGUCUAUUACCGCUUUCUCUCUGACGAUGGUUAUGUCCGUUGCUGUAUUUAUUUCAAGGCUUUUUUAAAUAAUUAAUUUUUUGUAAUAUUUGAAAAUUUAAAUAUUAUAUGUAUAUAAGCAUUUUUAAGUUAGAAUUAUGUAUGAUAAUUUUUCGCUUUAAUUUUAUGUUGUUUAUCAUUACUUUAUGUUAAUGUGAUAUGAGCAUCAUUGGAUG